AUGAAUCCUCAAGUCCAGAAGCGUCAGAAGUUUCCGUUCGACCCGGACUCUACCGCCAAGCAGGCAUGGGAUCUUAUGGUCAUGGCCCUGCUGCUCUACACGACCUUUGCUGUUCCCAUCACCCUCGCCUUCAGCUCGGACUCGAUCAGCGGGCAGCUGUCGCCGUACCAGGUGUGGGACCUCUGCUUGGAUGUCAUCUUCUGUACCGACGUGCUCAUCUCUUUCGGUACUGCCUACACCCAUCAAGGCAUCUACGUGACCAGCAUGGCAAAGAUCGCUAGGAACUACCUCAAGGGCUGGUUCUGGAUCGACUUGCCCGGCAGCGUCCCCUUUGACAAGAUUGUCACUGCAGUGGCCAGCGGGGAAGGAUUCGGCUCCACUCUCAAGGUCUUGAAAUUCAUCAGGAUCCUCAAGAUGGUUCGAGCUGUGAGGUUUCUCAACAAGUUGUCACAGCUGGAAGAAAAGGAUCGAUCAGGGUCUCUCCGCACUAUUCUCAAGACGUUCCGAUCAGUGUUCCUCAUGUUGUUCUCUGCACAUUUUCUGGGCUGUAUGUUUAUUAUGAUGAUUUCCUCGGACAGCAAGGAGAACUGGCUAAGCGCGUACGACGAGGAGCUGGCUCAGAGCAAGUCACGCGAUGUCGAGAAGUACGUCGUUAGCCUCUACUGGGCGUUGACGACUGUCAGCACGUUGGGGUACGGAGAUGUGCUUCCUGUGACCAACGAUGAGAGGAUAUACACCGUCUUCACCAUUCUCAUCGGUGUCGUCGUCUUCGCCUUCUCCUUGGGGAACAUCACGACUCUGAUGACUCAGUCUGAAGGAGCUCGGCUGCACUUCGAGGACAAGCUGCGGGCCAUCUCCGAGUACCUCGACUUUCGUGACGUCAAGCCCACUCUCAAGCGUCGCAUCACCGCACACUUCGGCGGCUGUUGGCGGCAGAGCGGCAGCCUCUUCCACGAGGAGCAGGUGCUGGACUCCUUCCCCCGCGAGCUCCGGAAGAUGACGUUGGAGCAUCUGACCGUCCUCGCGGAGAAACUCGUGCCCGUCCUGUUCGGUUUGGACCGUCAGACCAUCGGUGAAAUUUUCAUUCGCUUGCGGCCCACGGCUUACAUCAAGGACGAGUACAUCUAUCACCGAGGCGAGCGAGGAGGAGAGCUCUUCUUUGUCACCGACGGGAUCGUCUCGCUU